UCGUUAAGAUGAAGGUGCCUCGGGAGGAGGCCAUGAGCGACGUGCUGAGGCGGCUGACGGGCGAGUCGGCGCUGCCGGUUUACUGCAACAUCGAGAAGUUCAAGCGCUCCAAAGACGGCCUGUACCUGGCGUCGGAGGACUUCCACGAGACCGUGAAGAAGAGGAAGCUCGUCAACGCCAAGGAGCGCCUCAGAAUCAGGAACUUGAACAUCAUGUUCUCCCGCUUGAGGCACAUGGUGCCACUGCUGCAGCCAGACAGGAAGCCCAGCAAAGUGGAAACGCUCAGAGCUGCAGCGGAGUACAUCCGCCUGCUUGUGGCUGUCCUACAAGAAACAGACAUGGAUGAUGGCAGCAGGACUGAUUUCCUCAAGAAUGCAAUCACUUAUGGUCAGACUGAAGGUCUGAACGGGGAUCUGUGGAGGAUGGAAGACAUCCUGAACCUGCCAGACGAACACAUCGACGACUGCUUCUCGACACAGGAACAACCCCCGGAGGACGCAGACGUGGCCCGACUGCUGCUGACACACUGCGUGAUGCCGGCGUAUCCGCUGAUCAUCCAAGUGGCGCCGGAUCAGAACUCGGUAACCUGUCUGGUGCCGACUCGGUGUUUAUAG